GUUGACCCCAAGGUCAACCACUUUUUCAAUUAGUUCAUUAUACCCCUGGCCCUCACAGCCCCAGGAAAUGGGUUGGAGUUCAAUUAGGGCCGGGUCAACCCUAACCUCUGAAUAUUUCAGUAUACUCUAAGCCUCUACCCCUCAACAAGCUAUUGUUUUUUCGAUAUUGACUUAUUCUCUGAUCAAGCACUUGCUUAAGAGCUAGCAACCGCAACAUAGGUCGACGGCAGACGGCAGUACAAAGUCGACGGCAGACGACGGCGCAUGAUGGACGGCAGCACACAGUGAACGACAGCACAAAGUAGAGUCAACGAUACUUGACAUACUUGACGGCAGUGGUGGUACAAGCGGCGAAGAAGAAUCAAGGUUUUCAAUGGUCAAAGGUUGCUUCCACAUGUCCUACCAUUUUCCAUUUUCUUUGAUUGGUCCAUGCAACGACAUCUUCCAGAGUAGAAUAUGACCAUUGGUGUGCUUUACAAAAAAAAACUGCACUAUUCAUGACUCAUGAAAAGUUUGAGCCAAAUUUCAUAGGUUUAACAGAUUUUGCUAAAGUUUAUAGCUUCGUUGGAAGUAUUUUUGAUCCAGACACAAAAGGCCAUGUCCAUAAGCUGAAGGAAAUGGAUCCUAUAAAUUUUGAAACUUUGAUGCUACAAGCAAGAACAUGAAAAUGAGCAAAUGUCAAACGUUUGACAAAUUGAUGAUGUAUAACUUCGAAAUCUAGGCCUCUGAAGCUCUCAUCGGAUCAUUAUGCUGAUGAUACACAGUGGUGAUUGCAGCAAAAGAAGAAUGAUCUAUCAGUGGUUAUUCAUCAUCAAACUGGUAUACAUGAUUGUUUGCUUUGUUGCUGCUCAGAACAGCAGCAACUCACAACAACCACUUGAUUAUAGAUAUGCUUGUUUGGACCAAUCUUCUGCUCCUCCUUCUACUUCUUACCAAACCAACCUCAACAAUUUGUUCACUUCCCUCUCAUCUGAUUCUGCUACCAGCAAUGGUUUUGGGAAUAGAACUUCUGGUGUUAAUCAAGACAUGGUUUAUGGACUCUACCUUUGCCGUGGUGAUGUGAACACCAGCCUUUGCAACACUUGUGUCCAAAACUCUAGCAUCUUGCUCAUGCAGCACUGCCCCAACAAUGCUUCUGCUAUUCUCUGGUACCUCUAUUGUCGUCUGAGGUACUCAAACGAGAAUUUCUUUGGCAAUCUCACCCUUAGACCAAGGAUUCCCAUGUUUGAUGCCACGCAUAAUUCUACUAGUGCUGGAGAGUUUGACAGUGAUGCUCAGGUUUUGAUGAAUGGUUUGAUACAAAUAGGGUCAGAGGCACCCUUGAAGUUUGGAACACAUAUGUUCAACAUAAAUGGCACUCAGAGAAGGUAUGGUUGGGUGCAGUGCAGCAGAGACAUUACAGCUGAGGAAUGCAGAACAUGUUUGAGCAAUAUGCUUGAGGAUGUUGACAAUUGCUGUCAGGAGAAGAAGGUGUGGCGUAUCUUUUCUCCUAGUUGCAUAGUGAUGUAUGAAACUCAGCCUUUCUUUUUGAAUGGUACUGAUUCUGCACCACCACCUCAGCAAGAUAAUGCAGCCACAGAUGGGAAUAACAGAAGGUGGUGGCUUAUAGUAAUCAUUGUCGUAGCUGGAAUUGUAGUACUAGCUCUAUUGGCUAUCAGCAUAUACUACUGCUGCUUGAAAAGGAAAAAAGACAAACAAANUANACAAGAGGAGGGACUAAAUUCAAUAUUUUCACAAGAACAAACAGAAAAGGAGGAGAGUAUGAACACUGACCUUCCUAUGAUACCUCUGAGUACUAUUCUAAAAUGUACAAACAAUUUUUCUGAUGAACAAAAACUGGGGAAAGGUGGAUUUGGACCUGUCUAUAAGGGUAUAUUACCAGAUGGAAGACAAAUUGCUGUUAAAAGGCUUUCAAAAACAUCAGUUCAAGGUGGGGAGGAAUUCAAGAAUGAAGUAAUAUUGAUUGCCAAAUUGCAGCAUCGCAACCUUGUGAGACUGUUGGCUGGCUGCAUUGAGCAAAAUGAAAAGCUGCUAGUCUAUGAAUUCAUGCCAAAUUCAAGCCUUGAUUUCCACCUAUUUGAUACCAAGAAGGGUGUCCAUCUGGAUUGGAAAAAUCGAUUAAACAUUAUAAAUGGGAUUGCUAAAGGGCUUCUAUAUCUACAUGAAGACUCAAGAUUAAGGGUUAUUCACAGAGACCUGAAAGCUAGCAACAUUCUGCUAGAUCAUGAAAUGAAUCCUAAAAUCUCAGACUUUGGAUUGGCAAGAACAUUUGGAGGAGACCAGAGGCAGGCCAACACAAUUAGAGUUGUUGGAACGUUUGGAUACAUGGCUCCAGAGUAUGCUAUGGAAGGUUUGUUUUCAGUGAAGUCAGAUGUUUUCAGCUUUGGUGUUCUUUUGCUAGAGAUCAUCAGUGGAAAAAUGAGCUGUAAAUUUUAUCAGUCAGACAGAGGCCAAAGCCUUCUCGUAUAUGCAUGGAACCUCUGGUGUGAAAGCAAAGGGUUGGAAUUGAUGGAUCCAUCAAUAGAAAAAUCAAGUGUACACAGUGAAGUUGUGAAGUAUAUGCACAUUGGACUGUUGUGUGUGCAAGAAGAUGCAGCAGAUAGACCAACAAUGUCAAGUGUUGUUCAUAUGCUUGCAAGUGACACAAUGAGUCUUCCCAGUCCCACACGCCCUGCAUUUUCUGUUGGAAGAGCAGCCAUUGAAAGAGAAUCUUCAUCAAACACUUCUAUGCAUUACUCUCUCAAUCAAAUAACAGUCUCUGAAGUGAUACCAAGGUGAUGAAUCAUAAUAGAUAGGUUUCAAGAAAUGUGUAUAAUCAAGUUUUUGGAACACCCAGAAACGUAAUGUCUUUAGGAACAUGACAUGAUUCUUUGGCUGGUGUAUAAAAGUGAUUGAGUUUUCAAGAGUUGUUCAUUAUUUCAUGUAGUUUAGCAAGAUGGAUUAGUUCAUGUAGUUUCCAUUAUUUCUCCAA